AUGACAUACCGGGGCUCACUGCCUUCGGGGCAGGCCUUCAACGGCCAGCAGCAAGCUCCCCAACCGUACAAUAACCCCUACGGUAGCGGCAAUGGGAACGGCAGCGGCAAUAGUCAGAACCCAACCUACGCGAAUGCUGCAUAUGGCGGCCACGAGCAGGCGCAACCCGUUCACGGGGACUAUCAUCACUCACCGGCGCCGGCACCUGCCCCUAUCCUCCCUGCUCCUACGUCCAUGAAUAUGCAGGCCAAUGGUUAUGGUCAAUUUCCUGCCUAUGGCAGCACGUUUCCGCAACAGCAGCAGCUCCCACAUCCGCAACAGCAGCAGCUCCCACAUCCGCAACAGCAGCAGCUCCCACAUCUGCAACAGCAGCAGCAACCGCAACCGCGACCGCAUUACCCCCACCAUCACCAGACGCAACAGCCGUUUGCUCACAACAGUGCGGUGAAUGGUCAGUUCGCGCCUCCUCACUCGUUCACCCAGAACACGCAUGUCUCGCGAUCUCCCGCGCUCGCACCUGCGCCUACCCCGUUCCCAACGCCGCCCGUAUACGCCGAAUACCAGCCGACAACGCAGUCUCAACACCAACCACAAUUCCAACCACAAUACCAGCAACUGCCGCUGCCUCCCCCUCAGCCUCCUGCUCAACCGCAGCAGCAGCAGCACCAACCGCAACCGCAGCACAAACCUCAUCAGCAGCAGCAACGCAGCCCGCAAGUCUUUCCGGCGGUACCUCAGUAUGCUCAGUUUUCUCAACCGACCAUGGGCCAAACUCAGGGUAUACCGGUUCUGAACCAAACCUUCACCGAACCUCCCCAAGUUCAACCGAGUCCCGAACCCAACUUCGCCAACUCGCCAACUGUACAACCCGCUCGGUCUCCCAGCAUAGCCCGGAAGUCGCCGGCGAUCUCUUCGAUGAACUCCCCUGCAAUAUCCUCUAGGGGCUCUCCAGCCUUGUCGUCCAAAGCGAAGUCGUACGACACGACCACGAUCCUGGUACAUGUGGCGGAAGAGUGUUUUGAGAAGGCCCGCCGUGGUGUACAGAGAGUCGCGGUGUCGGGCUCAGACAACCAGGUGCGCGAGUAUCAAAAGCUGAUUACAACCGGACUGGCUUGUCUCGAGGCCGCCUUCCAGAGCAACAGACUCUCUCCAAGGCAGGAGGCGAAAGCGAGGCUCAGGUACGCUUCCAUCUUAUGCGACGAGACGGAGAACCUGCAAGAAGCGGAAACGGCCUUGAGUAAGGGCAUAACCAUAUGUGACAAGCAUAGAUACACCGACCUCAAAUACUGCAUGCAGUAUCUUCUGCUGAAGGUACUGUUUCAGCGUAACCAGAAGGCGGCCUUCAUUGCUGUCGACAAGAAUAUCUCGGACUGUUUGACUUUCAAACAUAUUCACUGGGUUUACGCCUUUCGUUUGUUGAAGGCUACACUCCAUGUCCAUGCGGGUAGUCCGCCUGAUGCCGCAGUUUUGGACAACUUGCGAGCGAUUGCUGCACUUGCUGGCGAACGAGGCGAUCACGCCAUGGUUGUCUUUGCUUCUCUUAUGGAAGGCUUAUCUGUUCUGAGAACCAUGCGCACUGACACUAUUGAACGUGUGCAAACCUGUUUGGCUCAGGCUACCAAGUACCAAUUGGACCCGUCAGUACAAAUACCGCAGUUGGACGUUCUGACACUCCUACUCGAUCUUGCUUGCAGCAUGCAUCAGAAGACACCCGAUAUACUAAUUCACAAAUUGCGAUCACUGCAAGCGAAGCUGGAUGCGAACCUGGGUUCGCAGACCUGGACCGACUUGAACCCGGAGAUAUUGAUCCCCAUCAAGAAACACAACGCUACUUCCGCGACACUAAGCGAUGACACUUCCGCGAUUCUCCGGGCUGGGUCCUCUAACGGCCAACAUGAUUACAUCGUAAUGACUUUCCUGAACAGACUCGAGAUCGUUGUCUUAACGUAUACUUUCAGCGGUUUGGCCGGCAUGUAUCGACCUGGCUCGGAUCCGAAGAGAAGCCAUGAGUUUUGGAAAGAAGGGUUUGAUGUACUGGCGAAGUGGAACAAGGAGGUUGCCCCUAGCGUCCCUGCGGCAUCGCUACGAGAAGCCAUGGAGCAGGCUAAGUGGAGAACCGAGAUGUUCUGCUACCUUCAAACGCUGACGGGAUUGUACUUUGCAACCCACAGCCAAUGGUCGAAAGUCGAACAGUGCGUGGCGCAGCUGCAGCAGGCCAUUACGCCAGCUGUGAACGAGAUAUUCAGCGUGUUCUCACUCUAUCUUUCUGGAGUGUAUCAUCAAGGCACCGGCGACCUCGAAACGGCGCUUAUCUUGUUUGAAGACGAGAGGCUGAGCAUUCACGCAGGGCGAGGAGGGCCAGGCGGCAGAAAGCCUGCCAAGCUGGAGCUCUGCAUUCUUGCCGCUCUGAAUCGUAUUUGGAUUCUCCAAGACUCGUCAUAUCGCGACGAACUGACAUCCACCGAUCUAUUGGAGCAGUUGCGGCCGAUGUGCACCGACCACCAAGAUCCAGACAUCCGAACCGCUUUCAAUCUCGUCCAAGCGACAGCCAAUACUUUGCCCCCUCCGUCGAUGCACCAGAUCAAAACGAGUAUAACGAACUCAUUGAACGGUUCAAAGGUGACGGGCAACACGCACUGUUUGGCGAUCGCUCUGAGCAUUAUGCGAUUCAGACUGUUCGACAAUGUGGUUGGCGAGCAGGCGCUCAAGAGUGCAAGGGCAGCCUCGACGCAGGCGAAGCGAAGUGGAAACCUGCUCUGGAUGAGCGUCGCAGACGGCAUGCUGGCCGACUCUUUUGAAGUUCAAGCACUUUUUGCAGACGCAGACGCAGCACGCCAGACCGCCACAGACUAUGCGUCUCACGCAUUUACUGGAAAGGAGUAG